AUGGAUGCCAUGGAUCAGCUUCUUUGCGCUGAGUUCCGUAAAAGUCCACCUGGUACGCCGAUGGCUCAACGUACAGUUUUCGGUUGGACGCUGUUUGGCAGCGUUGACGGAAUCGAAACUGCUCCGUCUCGUCUGCAGUCGCUGUAUUGCGACGUACAGCUGGAUAGAGCGCUUACCCGAUUGUGGGAGCUGGAAGAAGCACCACAAAAGACCCAUCUCACUGACGACGAGCGUUAUUGUGAAGACUUUUUCGAAGCAACGCACCGCAGAGCACCGGACGGUCGAUUUGUAGUGGAGCUGCCACUAAAAUCUGACGUUCCCUUGGGAGAUUCACGAAAUAAUGCUGUUCGAAACCUACUAAGACUUGAGAGAAGAUUUUCACGAGACGAAAACUUACGCCUGCGCUACAAUGAGUUUAUGCAGGAACUCAUCGAGAUGAAACAUAUGGAGCUUGCACCAGAAUCAUCAAACCAGACGUUUUAUAUGCCGCACCAUCCUGUAGUAAAGAAGUCCAGCCUCACGACUAAGCUGAGGGUUGUGUUCAACGCAUCCGCUAAAUCCGCCACCGGAAACUCAACGCAUCGUUACGCAGUAACUGCGGACAUUGCAAAAAUGUACCGCCAAGUCUGCGUAUCGCUGAAACAUGUAGACUCACAACGAAUUAUCUGGCGUCGUGAUCCCUCUUUGCCAAUACAGGAUUAUCGCAUGUUACGUGUGACUUACGGUGUGGCAGCCGCGUCCCACCUUGCAGUCAAAUCGCUACAAGAAACCGCAAAAUGUUCGUCGAACGUUUCUGAGAAAGCUGCCUUCGUCAUUCUCAACGACUUUUACAUGGACGACCUCCUCACUGGUACAGCUUCCAAAGCAGAGUUGAUACUUUUGCAAAAAAACGUAUCCGGAAUACUCCAGCAAGGUGGCUUUGAACUCCGAAAGUGGGCGUCGAGCUGUGCCGAGUUUAGCGAAUAUAUUUCGAACGCGUCGAAGACUAUAUCGCACUAUCUGGUCGAGGGUAAAGAUGUUCACGCUUUGGGAUUAAUGUGGAACACCGAGGACGAUUUCUUGACGUUCACAAUUAGCAUGAAAAAACCGCCCGCGGCCUUAACGAAAAUAACUUUUUUAUCGGACGCCAGCACGCUUUUCGACCCGCUGGGACUGCUUGCUCCAGCGACGAUAAGAUCGAAGAUGUGGUUUCAGGAGAUUUGGCGCAAUAACGUUGGUUGGGACGACCUUAUUCCCGACUCCAUUGCAACAAAAUGGUUGGAGCAUCGAUCGGAGCUGAAGCUAAUUUCAAAUUUAAAGAUUUGUCGCUGGCUUGGUCUAGGAACGACGGGUUCAUCAAAAACCAAGGUAGCGCCGCUCAAAACAACAACAUUGCCGCGACGAGAGCUGUGCGCUGCGCAUCUAGCCGCCAAACUAGUACGAAGCGUUCUACACAGUUGGGGUAAUCCCCGCUAUCCGCUGUAUGCAUGGACAGACUCCACCAUCACGUUGGCGUGGCAACAAGAUCACCCUAGCAGAUGGAUUACCUUCGUCGCCAACCGUGUUGCUGACGUUCAAGAAAUCCUGCCUCCAGAGUGCUGGAACCAUGUUCGCUCAGAGAUGAAUCCAGCAGAUUGUGCCUCGAGAGGUGUAACCCCGUCCGAGCUACUGCGUCAACAGCUUUGGUGGACUGGUCCUGAAUUUCUGAAGGGUCCAGACCAGUUCUGGAAGAAACCGUCACCAAAACAUCACACAACCGACUCAAAAAGGCCGAUUCCGCUUCGUAGCAGUCUUUUGCGUUUGCAACCAUAUCUGGACGAAAAAGGCGUCUUGCGCGUUGGAGGAAGACUGAAGAAUGCUGAAGUAACCCCUGACGUGAAACACCCCAUCGUCUUGCCAAAGAAUUAUCCGCUUGCGAAGAUGAUUAUCUGUGAGAUACACGAGUUUACACUACACGCUGGGCCCCGCAUCAUGCAGACAGUCUUGCAACACCGAUAUUGGGUUAUUGGCGCCCGCAGCUUAAUCCGCAGCAUUUACCACAAAUGCGUGAAAUUCACCUUGUUUAACCGCAAUCUCGCCACACAGUCUAUGGGAGACUUGCCUGCAGCUCGAAUUACGUAUGCACGCUGUUUUACACGCACCGCUGUCGAUUUCGCUGGGCCCUACAAGUAUAAAUUCACCCAUGGAAGAGGGGCGAAGGCUACAAAAGGCUACAUUUGCUCAUUUGUCUGCAUGUGCACUGGCGCGAUGCAUUUAGAAUUUGUUGGAGACCUGUCAACGCUAGGGUUUCUUAAUGCCUUCAAGAGGUUCAUAAAUCGCAGAGGUUAUUGCAAGCUUAUGACGUCCGACAAUGGCACAAAUUUUGUUGGUGCCGAGAAGGAGUUGCGGAGUGCGUUUCAAAAGUGCAUGGCCGAUACCAGACUACGCUCAUUUUUCGCGGACUCCAAAAUCGAGUGGCGUUUCAAUCCCCCGUCUGCGCCUCACAUGGGAGGUUACUGCGAAACUGGUAUCAAGCGAACAAAGUAUCAUCUUAAACGCGUACUGGGCGAAACUCUUCUGUCUUAUGGAGCGUUCAACACGCUGCUGACAGAAGUGGAAGCUUGCGUAAACUCCCCCCCGCUCUGUGACAACUCUACAUCUGUUGAUGACCUAGAAGCUCUAACUCCCGGUCAUUUCCUUGUCGGUGAACCGCUGAAAUCACUCCCAGAACCUGAGGGCCAAGGGUUCUGUGGCAGUCUUCGUCAGCAAUGGGAUGCGAUCUCUGCCAUAAGACAGCAUUUCUGGCGACGAUGGCGAGACGAGUACCUUGUCAGUUUACAGCGUCGCUCAAAGUGGUUUCGUUCCUCACGCAACGUCGAAGAAGACGAUGUGGUCGCAAUUUUCAACGAGCCUACUCCGCCGACAAAGUGGAAGAUGGCGAGAGUUAUAAAAUGCCACCCCGGUACAGAUGGACUCGUACGAGUGGUCACUUUGCAGACGCCAAAUGGCGAAUUGGUUAGACCGAUCGUGAAGCUUUGUGUUCUGCCGACGAAAGGCGACUUGUUCUGCGAAGAAGAUCCAGAGACGUGA